UCUCGGUAGUUACUAUUAUACCUAUAUGUAUAAUUCUUGCUUCUUUCAGUUAGUCUCAGUUCAGUUCAGUCUUUGGGGCUGUUCAGAGUGCGGUCAAGUGUGCGUGGUUCGCUAGAAAUAUUAACACGCGACAAACGUGAAAAUAAGUUACAAUCACAGUGUGCUGCUUAGUGAGUUUCGGUUAUUAACUAUUUUGUUCCGGCUGCCACACAUUACGCAGAAAACUGGAUCAAGUAUUGGAAUUUAUUAUUUGAAAUUGUGUCAUGGAAGCUAGUUUUCUCAAUUUUCAUGAUGAAGAACAUUUUUCAGACUUUUCUUUAUCUUUGGAUCAUCAGCAUAAUUUGUUGGAAGAGUCUCAAAAUACAUUAGUGCGCAUGGUAGAUAAUGAUUUUGGUUAUAUAGAAAACUUAGAUUUUGAUUCCAAUGAUGAUCAGUGGGAAAUGGAACAAGAACUCAAUGGAGAUCUUGCUAUACUACCAGUUUCUGGAGUGGCAGGAGUCAUUCCAAAGUUUGAUAAUAUCAAAGAGGACUUUGCAAAAGUACUCACUGAUUGGCAAGAGCAUGUUGGAUUUCUACACUCCACCGAACUAGAAGAAGAUAUUGACAUGGUUAAUUUAGAUAUGGGAUUUGAUAUGAACAUAGUUGAUGAUUCUCUUAAUGAUACAAUAAAUACUCCAGAUGAUGUUUCAGAUAGUCCACAAAGUAGCGAAGAGUCAUUAAAAAAUUUUAAUACUAUACUGGUCAAUCCUAUCAAGUGUGAACUUAAUGCUGAUAGAAUUAACCAUUCUUCUGAGUCUGAUCAAAGCGAAAAAGAAAUAGAUGUUGUAGGACUAGAUUUGGUCGAGGAUGUAAACCAUAGUAGUGACUUUACACAUGUCAGAAUACAACAUACAACUUCUCCAUCAAAAGAAUGCAAUUACAAAAGCUUAGGAAAUCAAGUAACUGUUGUCAAAGAAAAAUCACUUGACGAUAUAGUUAUUAAGGAGGAAUCUCUUGACAUGGAAGAUGAAACGCCUUUAGUCUCUCCUGUACCAAUGAUUAGUGCAGAAUUUUCAAAAAGCAGUAAAAGGAAAAAUCUAAAAAGCUGUAAGAAAGAUGUACCAAAAAGCAAAAAUAAAAAAAGUAGAAAUAUUUCCAAAGUAAACAUAAAAGUUUCGGAAAAAUCAAAAAUUGAAAUACAAUCUAAAAUAUUUAUCGAAGAAACAAGUAAUUCCAAUAGAAGUUCAAAGAAAAUUCCAGUAUUAGAAGCUGGCGAUGUUAAAAGUCUUUUGGAGCAAUUUGAAGCCACCGAGGCAAGGUCAAUCACUCCCCGAAUGCCUGAAAUAUCGCAAAUGCCAAAAAUCCCUUUAAAGAAGAAUUUAGCAAAAUCUAAUGAAAAUACUUUGAUGAAAAACUCGGUUAAUAACCAAGAUUCUAAACCGCAACAAGGCAUGCGAGAGUCCCUACCUAAGGAAGUUAUUGAUAGAAUAAAGGCUUCUGGAUGCAAGAGAACAAUAUCAGUGAUACCUGCUAUGCCUAAUAAAAAGACUGUUUUAAAAGGUAAUGGAACGAGAAUGCAAGAAGCAGCUGCGACUCUUUCCCGAAAUAAAUUACUCAAGUUGGUAGCAAGUGGAAACGGUAAUUCAAGUGCAAGACUCGACGGCUCUGUCCAGAUGGAUCACGAUUACUGCGGCAAUUUAAGCUUAAUAAUGAACAGCAGUAGUAGUGACAGUAACGGCAAUCCCUUCGCAACGCCAAGCAGCGGCAGGAUCGCAGCCGCGAAGCUGUGGUUGAAUGCUGGCUCGAAAAAAGACAGUGGGUUGGAAUUAGUUGAAGUAAAUUCCGUUGAUAAGGAGCAGACGCCAAAGGCGAUGGUGUCUAAAGCUCAGGCAGUCGCACAAAGAACGUCGACGGCUUUGGGACACGAGAGCAAGAUCCACUCGGCCCUAGCAAUGAGCAUCCUUCAGCAGCAGAAAAAGGGCCUCACCAGUAAGCCGCAUAUGGUAUCGGUGCUCAAGAAGCAGCAGCCGCAACAGAAGUUCGUUGAUAAUAACUUCGUGGAGUCAAUCGUCACUACGACCAACAGUUCCAACGGCCAGGUGCAGAAUAUCAUAGUACAGACGAGCGAGACCAAACACGAGGACGAGGUGACAGCAGAAAUGGAGAAGGACGAUCAGGAAAAGCAACAGCAGCAGCCAGUUCGCAGAAAGCUCAAUCUGGCUGAGUACCGCAGCAGGCGCUUCGAGCAAAACCGUAGUGACGGCAGUCGUACGAGCUCACCGGUGCAGCCGAUGGCGCUGGUCUACGUACAUCACGCGUCCAGCAGCACCGAGGCCAUGUGCUGCGACAGGGAAAUCGUAUCGGUGCUCAAGCCCAAAAGCGAACUUGAAGAAGAGAAACUCAGACCUAAGGCACCGACCGAGGACAAAACCACCCAGACCGCCCAAUCCGUCUUCGGGCUCUACACCGGAGAGGCUUGCAAUUCGGUUACCGGCUCAGUGCUCCAGGGCGACAAGCCACAAUCACAAGCAAAGGUCGUCGGCGAGCGAUUGCCACCGAGCCUCGAAACUGCCCGACAGUCAUGUAAGAGCCGCAACUACAGACGUGCUCAAGGCCGCGCUUCCUCCAGCUCCUCGGCGGAUAGCCGCAGCCGUAACCAAAUCUCUGCUCGACGGGACGUUCGACACCGCAGCCGCAGCCGCAGCCGCAGUCGCAGCCGUAGCCGUAGCCGCAGCCGUAGCCGUAGCCGUAACCGUAACCGCAGCCGUAGCCGAAGCCGAAGCCGAAGCCGAAGCCGAAGCCGAAGCCGAAGCCGAAGCCGAAGCCGAAGCCGAAGCCGAAGCCGAAGCCGAAGCCGUAGCCGUAGCUGUAGCCGAAGUCGUAGCUGUAGCCGUAACCGUAACCGCGGUCGCAGUCGCAGUUGCAGUCGCAGUCACAGUCGCAGUCGCAGUCGCAGUCGCAGUCGCAGUCGCAGUCGCAGUCGCAGUCGCAGUCACAGUCACAGUCGCAGUCGCAUUCGCAGUCGCAGUUGCAGUCGCAGUCGUAGUCGUAAUCGCAGUUGCAGUCGCCGUCGCAGUCACAGUCUCAGUCGCAGUCACAGUCGCAGUUGCAGUCGCAGCCGCAGUCGCAGUCGCAGCCACAGCCGUGGUUGUAGCCGAGGACGGGGUCGUCAGUCGCGUGCACGAAGCAGGAGCAGCAGUAGGAGCAGAAGCACCGACUCUAGAAGAGGUAGACCCUACGCCAGACGAAGACGCAUCAGCCACCGGCGGAGCUCCGUGAGCUCCAGUAGCAGCUGGUCGUCUAGUUCCCGUUCUAGCUGCCGCUCUCGCUCCAGGCCUAGACUCGGAUCCAAAUCCAAAUCCAGGUCUAGCUGUUCACCACGCUACAGAUCUUCUUCGCGCUCCAGCUGCAGAUCCAGGUCCUCUCGUUACUCCAGCUGCUCCAGGUCCCCUUCUCGUUCCAAUUACGGGCGUAUUUUGUCGUCGACAAGGCGAGGAAGAGGAUAUCCAGAUUCUCAUUCCGAUGGAUACGGAGGCCAUUCUCCUGCUAAUAAUCGUGGAUAUACUGGUUACAAGAGAAAACCCUACGACGAAUGGUUUGUUAGAGAAAAGCAGCGACAAGUCGAAGAACGCAGAGUGAUAUACGUUGGUCGUCUCAAAGACGGAAUAACUAAAGCAGAGUUACGACGAAGAUUCGACAUUUUCGGACCCGUAGUGGAUAUCAGUAUACAUUUCAGGGAACAUGGACAUAAUUAUGGCUUUGUUACAUUUGCUUAUAAAAAUGACGCCUAUAAAGCUGUCGAACAUGGCAAUGACGAUCCCACUUUACCUCGAUACGAUUUGUGUUUUGGAGGUCGGCGUGCUUUCUGUAAAGUAAAAUACGCAGACCUUGAUGGGGCAGCAGUUGAAUCGAUGGACGAAAAUAGAGGAGCAAUUUAUAAACCAGAGGAAGAAAAUACUUUUGACCUUCUUUUAAAAGAAGCCCAAGCUAAAUUGCGCAAAAGGAAAGUUUGACAAACGUAUUUUAUACUAGUUUUAAAUGUAAUAUAACCUCUAGUGAUUUUGCUGCCAUAAAGCUCUGGUACUCGGGAUCACAGUAUGUUCAGUUGUAAAGCAUACCUGUUUACUAUGCAUAGAUAUUUAGCUAGAGAAUUAUUUGUAUAAAAAUUAAACGAACCUGUUUUUGUAAUUAACUUUUAAUUAUAGUAAAUUAAUUUUAAAAUGCAAAAAACGAAGUUAUAGAUAUUCGAGGUUUUACUAAUGAUUUUAUUAACUCUGCGAUAUCUAUGAAAUGGAACUUCUAUUCUAUGCAAAACAAAUGAUUCACUACUACAUUUUCUCUAGAAUUAAAGUUAACAAAAUAACUCUAAUACUUAUUGACUAUACAGAGAUUAUUACUAUCAUUUUUAGCGUUAUUAUGAUUAGUAUCAUAAUCUAAAUCGUUUAAAAUGCUAUUAUAAACAGACUGAUUGCGUAGAAAAUCUCAGAAUUACUGAUUAGUGUGAUGAUAUCAUAAAAGACAACUUAUUAAUAACAAUUAUUUGGUAAAAUCUAUAUGAUUCAGUAAUAUUACUUUUUAAAUUCCUUAUUCUGAAAUUCACAUUCCAAUAACAAACAAAAUUUGUUACGAAUAGGCUGUCACUACCAAAGUACGACGGAUCUAUUUUUUAUUGAAUUAUUUGUGUGCAGUCAGAUUCUUCAUGGUUAAUAAAAAAUUGCGCUUGCUUUAGUUUCAUUAAAAUCGAGAAAGCUUACUCGAUCACUGAAUGGUGAAUCUUAGUUCAACAGAUUAGAAAUUUAGUUGAAGGAAUUUAAAGUGUGCCUUACUCAAUAAAUUUGGAACACUAUUAAUAUUUGUGUAAAGUCAUCUUAUUUUCACGAUACAUCUUAGUUUUCUAAAUUAUGAUGUAUUUAUAUAUUUUACGUGUUAUUUAUAGCUAUGAUCUGUGUUCAUACAUUCGAUUAAAUAAUUACUGAGAUGGAAUGCGUAUUUGAUUUUCAAAAGUUAUUCAUGACUUUUUUAAUAAAAAAAGAAUAAAGGAAAUAGUCACCAUAAUAUUCUUUACAUGGUAUUUUACAAUAUUGAAUAGAAAAAACGUACAGAAUUAAUGACAUUAUAAUGUUAUAAGAUUACAGAAUUGAAUGUAUCAUGUGUAUAUUGUUUGAAACGUAAUUUUAAUUAAUAUGGAGAAAAAUAUCAGAGGCACAUUUCUAUGUUACCAUCAAAUCAUGUUAGAAUUGAGAAUGUGUUGGCGAAGAUAUAAUUACGAAUUAAAAAUGACACGCUUUAUUAUAUUGACAAAUAAAUUAAUAUAGAUAAGUAAUUAUUUUCUGUCGGUAGAGUAUUUCUUAUAAUAAUUACAUUUUCCAUAACAUUCUUAAUUUUUAAUUGAUUCUACUAUUAUUUGUUCUAUAUAUGUAAUAUUUGUUUUUUUGGCGUUUGAUAAUUUAUCAAUUGUUAUGAAAUGGGAUACUGAUAUAAUUCUCUGAAGAAUGUGCUACAUGAAAAAUGGAAGUGUAUAAACCAUUAAUUAAUUAGAACACAUAAGAAAUACAAGCUCUUCGUUAAUUAACGGUAAUAAAUGUAUUAUUGGUGGCCAUCAUAUUGAUAUACCAUAUCAAGAAAAAAAUCAUUUUACUUUACAAUAUAUUACGAAAAAUAAUAAAUGAUUUUAUGGCAUUGAUUUUUUUUCAUAGCAAAGACUUUUCUUCAUCUAAAGUCUUAGAUAAAAUAUGUAAUUCAUUUAUUUGCAUCUUGUAAAAAGUUCUUGAUAAUUACCGAUUACGUUUGUUAUAGUAAAAUUGGCAUAAUUCAUUUCGACGUCGAUCAAAAACUAUCUUUUAGUUUUUGCAUUUUUUCAGCUUUCGAAUCCUUACUCAUAGAAUUCAAUAAAACACAAAAAAAAGUUAUUGUAAAGACUGCAGUACAAAAAUAUUUGUACAAAGAAAGCGCCAUCGAAACAUUGUUAGAUUUGUAUUGAUAUGUUACUUACAAAUAAUUUUGAUGGAUAUACACGUUUAGAUUUACAAGCUGCAUGAUGCGUUACCAAUAUGUGAUAUCUUCAUUUCUAUUUGUUCAUGAUUGAUAAUAGCUAAUAAUGCUAUGAAAACGGACAAUGGAGAGAUCAGUUAGUAUUAUACAAUAAAAAUAAUGUUUUAAUACCGACAUUUUAAUAACGUAUGAUAAAAUUUAGAUAGCAGGUGUAAAAAUAGGAUUAACUUUUCUAAAAUUACUGUGGCUGGAACUAGCGUUUCAAAUGUACGUUGUACUCGAUUUCAAAUGGAAUAAGGCUAUGUACUAUAAAAUAAAUACAAAGAUCAUUUGGCAUAAUCAAGUACUUCAAUGUUAUUGUUUCUUCAG